AUGGGAUUAACAAUGGGAAUGGAUUUCAUGGAAAUGGUCUUUCAGUGGGAGGUCAGAGAAAGAGCUGUUGCAUUUUGCACACCGGAGCCACUCAGUAUCAGGCUAAAGAUGCGGCUAACUUAUGUAUAUGGUAUGGUGCAGGAGGUGGUUGAUUUUUGCAAGUCAUACUUGGUGGUUAACAGAGAAGUUUUCUGUGAUCCAAGACUUGUGCUCAUCAUAAACGAUGCUAGAGCUGAGCUUGAAAGGAGAGAAGAGCGUUAUGAUGUGAUCAUAGGGGACCUUGCUGACCCCAUUGAAGGAGGCCCUUGUUACCAACUCUACACCAAAUCAUUUUAUGAACUCACAGUUAAACCAAGACUUAAUCAGGAUGGCAUUUUUGUGACACAGGUACUUAUAUACAUGAACAUAUAUGUGUGUGCAGGACCGGCUGGCGUUUUCAGCCAUAAAGAAGUUUUUUCUUGCAUCUACAAUACUUUAAGGCAGGUUUUCAAAUAUGUUGUGCCUUACUCAGCACAUAUUCCUUCCUAUGCUGACAUUUGGGGAUGGGUUAUGGCUUCGGAUUCCCCAUUUGUGCUAAACGCCAAAGAAUUGGACCUUAGAAUGAAACAGAGGAUUCAAGGAGAAUACAGAUACCUUGAUGGCAAAACCUUCACAUCAGCCUCUACCUUGAGCAAAGCUGUUCGGAAAUCACUGGACAAUGAGACUCAGGUUUACACAGAAGAAAAUGCAAGGUUCAUCUAUGGCCAUGGUUCUGCCUACAAACACAAUCAUGCCUGA